CGAGCUGGAUCGUGGCUCCUCCGAACGGAGCCGUCUUAAAGUUGCCUAGGCGAUGGCGACGGUCUCUUUGGGGUGUUUUUUACCCCCUCCAACCCCGGCCUUGGCUGCUUCGCUGUGGUCCCAGCGCCUUGGCGGUGUCCGUCCCUUUUCCAUUUAAAAGCGGCUUCGAGUCUCUCAGAACUUUGCUCCCGAAGGCUUCGUCAUUCAGAGGCCCUGCAAAGCGCAGCGUAACGGAUUCCAGAGAACACCGCAGGACGAACAGGGAGAGGCGGAUCCUGAACCUUGUAAAUAGAUGGCACGGGAAGAUGUCAGAGGGAAUAAUAAUGGCAGAUAUUCAAAGGAAUCCAAAACAACAAUUGAUUUCUGAGCUGCACAGUUGCGCGGCUGCUGGAGACAAGGCCAGGCUUGCAACACUGCUCAGCCAUUCGCCAUCCCUCAUCAAUGAAACUGCUAAGAACGGUUGGACAGCCUUGAUGUAUGCGGCUAGAAACGGGCACUUCGAAAUUGUGCAAGUUCUUCUUGAAAAGGGGUGUGACAAGUCUGUAACCAACACUUCAAACCAGACUGCACAGGACAUUGCUAGAUUUUGGGGCUAUAAGAACAUAGCUAAUUUAUUAGCUAAUGAGAAGGAUGGACUGCAGCCGUUUUUCCUAACGAAUCAAGUCACAGAGCAUGAAAACUAUUUUUCUAGGGCAUUUCUGGAUAGGAAGAGUGAGAAGAGGGUAGAUUCAAAAUGGCUAAACUUAAAACAGAAGCAACCAACUACUGUAUACAUCCUUUUUUCAAAUUUAAAUCCAUUAGUAACAUCAGAUGAUGGUGAAGAGAGUUUCCAGAACCCAAAAGUUAAACUUUGUAAGCUUUGUUACAAGGAUGUAAAGGAAUACCUGGUGCAGACUGAAGCCGUCACAUUGAUUUUUCUUGGAGUGGAACUUCAAGUGAAAGGCACCCUACUUCCAACUCAGAAUGAGAAAGAUCCGGAUGAGGAUGACGGGCUAGUUGCUUGGUUUACUCUCAAUAUUGAUGCUACUGCUGCUGACAAAUUUAUUCAGGAGCGUCAAAGCUGUUAUUUCCUUCAUCCACCAUUCCCUGCACUGCUGCAGCUGUCUGAAAAUGAAGCUGGUGUUGUUGCUGAGGCUAGAUCUGUUCUAGCAUGGGAUAGCCGAUAUCAGUUCUGCCCAACAUGUGGCAGUUCAACUAAAUUAGAAGAUGGAGGCUACAGGAAAUCUUGCUUAAAAGAAGACUGUCCCAGUCAUCAGGGAAUUCACAACACAUGCUUCCCAAGAGUUGAUCCUGUAGUGAUAAUGCAAGUCAUUCAUCCAGAUGGUAACCACUGCCUUCUGGGAAGAAAGAAAAGAUUUCCCCCAGGCAUGUUCACUUGCCUUGCUGGAUUUGUAGAGCCUGGUGAGACGAUUGAAAAUGCUGUUCGAAGAGAAGUAGAAGAGGAGAGUGGAGUUAAAGUGGGCCACGUUUGGUAUGUCUCUUCUCAACCAUGGCCAAUGCCCUCGUCCCUAAUGAUUGGAUGCAUAGCAGCUGCAGUGUCUACAGAAAUUAAAGUUGACAACAUUGAAAUAGAAGAUGCCCGCUGGUUCAGUAGAGAACAGGUUGUCGAAAUUCUCAAUAAAAGGAACCAGGGUGCCUUUGUUGGACCACCACACCAAACUAUUGCACAUCAGUUGAUGAAGCACUGGAUUGGAAUGAAUGCUAAUCUUUAAAUCCAACGAUUUAUUUUAACUGCUUGUAUCACAACUGUUGUUGCUCAUAUUUUAGAAUUAAAUUGGAUAUAAUUAAUGUAUGCAUGCAUGUAUUAUUGCAUUUAUAUCCCGCCUUCUUUCCUCCAAGGAACCCUAAGUGGCGUACAUAAUCCUCCUCCUCUCCAUUUUAUCCUCACAACAACAACCCCAUGAGGUGGGUUGGGCUGAGAGUCUGUGACUGGCCCAAAGUCACCCAGUGGAUUUCCAUGGCCGAGUGGGGACUAGAACCUGCAUCGCCUGGCUCCCAGUCUGACGCUUUACCCACUACACCAUACUGGCUAAUCAACCAGCAUUGUGUUUGACCAUCAUUUUGGAGUUUUGAAAUGUUAGCCUUCAAAACAUAUUUGCCCAUAUGAUUCUCUUCUCAAAUUUCCCAAGGUGCAAUAUUGCCUAGAUUUUAGAAAAACAACUUUUCUAAAGUGAUUUCCUGUUUCAUCAUUGUAUUCACUUAACUCUGGUUACUCUUGUCUUUAUUGUUGUCCAGUUCACUCAUAACUAUCUGAUUUAACUUUCUAAGACUGCUGGUUUCUUACCUCAGGCUGUGCCCUCUUAGCCAAAAUGGCUGCAAAAUGUAAAGGAGUUCAGCCAUUUCUAAAAACCUGAGCAGAGGGGGAAAUGCUCUCUCUGGCCUGAAAAAGGAUGACUGUUUCUGUAUAUUGCAGUAGGCCCUCAAAACCCGGCACGUGGAUACCUGCAUUUCAGGAGUGUUUUUUCCCCCAAGUGAGAAUCAUUAUGAGACUGAGAAGAUUGGUAUGUAAUCAGCAAAGUAUCCUCUCUACCAGAAGCUAGUAUUCUAAGGCUUCAGUAUCCCUCAGCCAUAUGUUGCUGUGAAAGCCACUUUGAAGUGAUUACUCAGUGUCUUCGGAUUCUUCUGCACAGAGAAUAAUACACUGUUACAUCCUCCCUGAUAUUUCUAGCUGUAUGAGCUUAGGCUGCACUUUAUAUAGCAGUGGUGAGCCAUAUAUGACUUGGGAACAUCAAGCUCUUUCCCUGGGCAUCCAGAGCUGUGUAGUAUUUUCAGCAUGCCAGAGAUUUGGCUCGUUUAUUACAUGGAGCAGAAUCCCUGCCCCUUUUCAGUACAAAAUUCCUGGUAUUUUGUGUGGGUUUUAUAUUUAAUUAAAACAUGUCUAAUUACAAAGGAUAGAAUAGCAUUCCACAAUUUUGUGAUCACAGGGCAAGAGGGGGCACAGAAUUCAACUUUCAGAAAAUAGCAUUCAGCAUUUCUUCCUUUUUCAUAAAGGUUCAGUGGCAACUCAGAAGGUGGAAGUAGUAAGUAUACUUUCCACCCUAGCCAUAGGUGUUUUUUUUUGCAAUUAACAUUUAUUCAAUUAUAGACGAUCCAGGUGACAUCACUGCCAAACAUCUGCAUUUUAUAAUAUGCUGUGCGGUUCUUACUCUUUCUUAAAACAACAACAACACUGGUUUCUCACAUUUUGUGUGUGUGACUUUCAAGGCAACUGUAGCUUCUCCCAGCUACCACUGCUCUCGCCAUUUUGUCAUUGCCCCUUUCUUUUCAAGGAGCUUCUGCUUCUUGGCCCCUGGCCCUUUAAUGCCCCUGGUAUUACAAUGCAUGCAGUGCUACAGAUGGCUACUCAGAAGUAAGUCCCACCGGGUUAAUUGACACUUAUUCCCAGCCAUUUUCUGUCCUUUGCCUCAUUUCUUUUUUGCAGCCACAGCAACUACUCAUUCAUGUUUUUAUCUUUUAUUUUUAUUAUUACAAUUGCAGAAAUAUACAAGAUCUGCCUGCUAGUAGUUAAAUCCGAGAAGUCUUGAUUGGGAUACUCGGUUAAAUAUAUUACUUCUUCCUAGAAAGAUGCUUCUAACCUGACAUGUUUUGUUUUGUUUUUUAAAGAAAUGUGAUCGGAGCAGGGGAAACUGUAAUUCACUUCUCUUUUUAAUCUGUUAAAACACGUGAAGGAAAAAGAAGGUGGGUGCUGAUAGGCUGAUUAAAGGUGGGCCAUUCCUGAUGCUCUAUGGAAUUAAAUAUACUAAUAAGAUUCUGAGCUUAAGGGACAAAAAUAGAAAUGAAAAGAAGUAGAGCAGGCCAAUAACACUUAACAAGACUUGUCUAGUCUCGUCCCUUUGAAUGCCAACUUUUGCUUUAGCCUCCUCAGAAAAAUAGGGAUAUUUUAUUUAGAAUUUGCACAGGUGAGUUGCUUAUCUUUUCUUGUAUCAUUUAUACCACUGCCAAUAAAUGCUAUUCUCCUUCACCAACCAGAAGGAUACAUGACUACACUUGUGCUGUUAUUACUGCCUGUCCUGACAGUACAGAAAAGAGCAAGGAGAAAGGGAAGGACAGAAAUGGUGGUGGUGGUGGUAAUAAUAAUAAUAACAAUAAUAAUAAUUAGUUUUGAACUAUGUUCCUUAUUUAGUUUAUGGCAACCCAUUCAUCUAUAUUGACCUUGCAAAUAUAAUGACUGCAUCAUAGCUCAAUAGUACAGCAUAUGCUUUUCAUAUCUACCAUGUGCAUUAAUAAAUGAGAGUUGCAUAUAUUGAAGAAAAAUGAUGGUUAGCUCCUAGGUUCUGUAAGUAGUUAUAUGAACAUGUUCUUUUUGUAUGUUAACAGCCAAAUGUCAGCUAAAUCUGAUGCAGCUAUAGAACAUCACGUUUGCUCAUAUGAAAUUAAUAUUCUCUUAAUCAUUUUAUUUAGUGAGAAACUUAACUUUUACUAUUAGUCAUACACAGCUUUUAGGGCAAUCAGUUGUGAUUCUAAGGCUGUAGUUCUAUACACUCUUACCUGGAAGUAAGUCCUGCUGAAGUCAAUGGGAUUUAUUUCUGAGGAAACAUGCAUAUAAUUAUGCAGUAAAUUAAGUUCAAUAUAACAUUUACUUAAUGUUUUUGAUUGUAUUUUGAUUUUGUAACUGCUUUUUUUACUUUUAAAAUGCAGAAACAGCUAAACAGACUUCUUACUCUGGGAUAUCAUGCCUAAACCCAUUUACUGAUUUCAAUACAAUUUACUUCUGAAUAAGUGUACCUAAGAACGCCGGUUUACUUCACCUCAUAUAUUUACUUAGAACUGUGUACUUACUUUGACUGUAUAAUAACAUACCUUUAAGUAAAUCAUUUGUAGUUUUUGCUAGUAUUAACACAUCUUCAGAUAAUUUGCCUUAGCAGAGACCUCCAAAUUCACUUCAAGUUUUGCUCUAGGUGAAAUUUGGUAACAGUUUAUGAAUGUACAAUUCCACUUCAGAAAUUUUAGCUACCUGAAUAUUUGCUUCCAAUUCUUCUAUGCAAUCUUGGAUGGCCACUAAUAAUGUUAAGAUCACACACAUGUUCCUAACUCAUAAUUUCAUUCAAUAUAUCUACAACCUUGUUUCAAUUAAUGUUCAAGCUGGAGAGCAAAGCUAGCUUUUGUCUAAAGAGGUUUUGAUGAAAGAAAUGAUACAUACUUGGGUCGGAUGCAGAGUUUGUUCCCACUAGUGGGAAGGGGGAGAGAGGCCAUUUUUGCUGAUUUGCCCCUUCCCAUGCCACCUCCCAUACUGUUCCAGGGGCUUCUCCAAUACUCUGGAGCAUAUUUUUGGUGAGCAUGGAGGCUCAGGGGGAGGCGAGAAUUGGAGGGUUGUGGGAAGCAAGGUCUUGACCUAAGUGAUAGUGUUUUUAAAAUCGGAACUGAAGAGAUUAUCAACACUGAUCAGCAUUUAAAGUCCAGUUAAUUAAAGUACUGGGUUUGAAUCUAUGUUUGAAUUUCAUUUCAGUAAUGAACUCAUGCUCAGUCUAGACAUGACAUGAUUGAAACUCCUGAUGUCUGUCCUUUACAAAAUGCAGCCACAGAGGUGACCAAUCUGGAUUGAGACUUUGGGGAAUGGGAGUUACCCCUUCCUCACUUUGACACUUUCCUGCUGAAAAACACCUUUUCCAAAACUGAUACUUGCCUUGAUUGAAAGGGGGGGGGGGGCUUAUGACUGCACUUGAAUAAGUAAUCAUCACAAACCCCAGAUAGAUGAAUGAGAAUUUGCAAUACUUUACAUAUCCUUGUGUUCCAGAGGUGGAUGAAUGCUACUGAUUUUUAUAAAGCAGAAAAACUGUAUUGCAAGCAAGAGGCUGUUCUCUCCCUAUUGUAUAGGAUUCGGUCAGUUGCCCAGUGUAUUGCAGAGGCAACUGCCAGGAAAAGUCUGAAGGAGAUUGAAUAGACCAGUUUAAAGAAAGCUGUGAAAAGUGGAGGAUAUAAAGUAAUUGAGAGGGGUAAAUUGGAUUAUGUGAAGUUCCCAAGUUUCAAGUGAUUUUGUAGGCAUAUAUUCUCUAUUCCUGAAGAAGAUUUGGACUAUUAUUAUAUGACUGGGCUUGGGGAUUGUAAUGAAAGAAAAGUGCUUUACUAUAUGAAGUAGAAGCAGUUUUUCUUACAAAGUACAGGUUUAGAUACUAUGGUCAAAAUGCUAAGAAUGCCAAAUCACUAUAAAGUGCAGCUAUUUGGGAAAUGUUCUAUUAAACCAAAUGGUUCUUCACCAUAAGAAAAAAGGUAAUAAGCUUUAAUUCCCUGUUUAUUAGUUGUUAUGCGUUCCUUCCUAAUCUUUCCACCAUUCCCUUGUUGGUUGUACUUUUCUUUUGUGAGACAAUGCUUUUCUUCUUUUUUGAGGCAACAAUUAUAAAAUUGUUUCAUGUUUUUAUAACUAUCCUGCAAUGUAGGUUUAUUUCUAAGUAAAGGAAUAUAUUAAGCAAAUAUUUGUCAAUUGUGCUUGAGAGUCUAAUUGUAUGGUAGUAAAGGUGGGCUAAUAACCAACAGUUUGUAAAUAAAGUAACAAAGCAGUCUGCUCUUUUUAAUAAAAAGAUUACGGUUCACAAA